AGAAAAAUAAUUGGGGGACAAAUAUGUGUCUUAUAUUUGGUUGUGUGUUUAAAUAUUUUGUCAAAUUAUGAUGUUCCGGUGUUGCAGAUUUUGGAUCUCGUUGGUUGAAGCUUGGUGAUCCUUUGUGGCAUGGAUCAAUUCGGAGUUAUGCGGUUGCCAUUGUGGAUGUAUUUUGGCUUCUUCGGUACUGGCCGUCUUCAUUAGUUUGGCGCUUCAGUUAUAUAUGGAAUAUGGUGUUCAGAUCUAUUGCUACGUGCUCUCCUUCUCCGGGAUUUGUCUGGGAAACUCACCAGCUCCUUGUAUUCCACCAGCAAUUCUCAUAUGGAAGGAAUUGUAGUUUUUUGAGACAGAUUGCAGAUUUGCAGUGCAUGAAGGUGAAGAUAACAUUCCACAUAAUACGUGAUUACCGGACCAAAGAGACUGAUCAAUAAACCGGACCGUGAUUUGCUUCCUUUUUUUAUAGUGUCAACAAAACACACAUAUAUAUGCAUUAUCAGGAAACAGAGAUUAUGAGGUGCCAGCACGGCGGACAAAUCAAUCAAAAUCUAGGGCUCCUACUACAAUGACGGCUCCUGAAUCAAUCGCCUUAGCGAUCAAGCAAAUCGACGAGAAGAAGCAAAAGCUGAAGAAAGCCUUCGAUGACCUUCAAGCUCACCGAUCCCUCCUCUCCCCAUCUUUCAACCUCUCCUGGUCCGACAUCGACUCUCACUUCUCCUCUCUCUCUGACCGCUUCCGCCUCCUCCAAUCCGACAAAACCGAACCACCCCCGGCGGUUACGACGGAGACACCGCUCCUCUGGCCGGAACUGAGAACGUUCUGCGAGAACAUGGACGGCAAAGGCUUGGGGACGUUCAUGGUUGAUAACUCGAAUAAGCGUCUGUCGAUCAAACCGGAGCUUGCGCAAGCGAUUCGAUCCUCAUCGAGUCCAGCAGCUUUGGUUCUUGACGCGAUCGAAGGCUCUUACCAUUGUUCCCCGUCGUCUUCCGCCGAUGCGAGGAGAAUCUUCGUUUUGCUGUUGGAAGCUUUGAUUGAGGUCAAACCGAAUCUCACUUUCGAGUUGAGGGAGAGAGCGAGGACGCUCGCUUCCGAUUGGAGGCUGAAUAUAGGUAACAAACCUUCAGAGGCGUUAGGGUUUCUUCACUUGGUCGUAGUCUUUGAGUUAGUAUCUGUGUUUAAGAUGGAAGAGAUUCUUGAUUACGUUUUCUUGAUCUCUAACUGUAAACAAGCGACGACGUUAUCCAAGAAGCUUGGUUUGGAUUACACCAUAGUCGCUGGUAUUGUUCAUAAGCUGUUGCACACUGGCAGGUUACUUGCCGCCAUUAGUUUUAUUUAUGAGUUUGAGAUGACUGAUAGGUUCCGACCAGUUAAUGUUUUGAAAACUAGUUUGUACAACUCUAGAGAAGCUGCUAAGAGGGUCUGCGCCCAAGCGGGUAACUCUCUCAAGGCCCAGAACGAAGCUACUGAUAAAGAGCUUAGUGCGUUGAGAUUGGUGAUCAAAGUGAUCAAGGAGAGGAACCUCGAAAUUGAGUUUUUUGAAGAGGAUCUUGAGGAAUCCGUUCAAGAGUUGGAGAAUCUGAGAGCUCGGACGACGCAAGCCGCUAAGCUCGCUUCCCCUGCCAAUCCCCCAAAACGACCUCGAGCUGCUAUGGGUAACAAUUUGACAGCCCCGACACAGAGUCAGCAACCUCCGCUUUUGCCUGAUCCUAGGCACGGUUUACAAGUGAACCCGUUUGGUUUUGUGAACUCAACAGUGCCUCGUGUUAAUGUCCCAUACGGCAACCAAUUGGCUCCAUAUGGAUCGGUUCCAGCUCCAGCUAUAGCGGCUCGACCUGUCUACUAUGAGCAGCAGACUGGAUAUGGGUUACGACCUCAAUACCAACCACCUUACUAUCCUCAGUAGCAUCUCCAUUGUUGGCUAGGGAAUGCAAGGGAUAUUGAAUUAUAAGAAGUUUUUGGUGUAAGGAGCUAGCUAGGCUCUAUGUGUGUAUGAUGUUCUGUAUUGACACAAAAGUAAAUUUUCUCAAAGGACCACAUAUAAGAUACUUGAUUAUGAUUGCUGUUUUUGCGAUGGUAUAAAAGAAAAUAAUUAAUCUUGUGUA